GGAGUGAACUGUCAGAGAGGGCGACUUGGUUGACGAUCGGAUGGCAGGAGCGGCAGUGUAAGUGGCUCUGCAGCAGAGUAUAAUAAUGGAUAGCGCGGUUACUCUGUGGCAGUUUCUACUUCAGCUUCUUCAGGAACCUCACCACAACAAACUUAUAUGUUGGACGUCAAACGAUGGGGAGUUUAAACUUCUGCAGGCUGAGGAAGUGGCCCGGCUUUGGGGUGUGCGCAAGAACAAGCCAAGUAUGAACUAUGACAAACUGAGCAGGGCACUACGCUACUAUUAUGUAAAGAACAUUAUCAAAAAAGUAAAUGGGCAAAAGUUUGUUUAUAAGUUCGUCUCAUACCCGGACAUUCUUACUAUGGAUCCACUGGCUUUGGGCAGAGGAGAAGAAAUGGAUGGGAACUCAUCUGAUGCUGCCAACACCUGUGUUUUGCGAGACAAAGAAAAUUGUAACAAGGAGCGACUGCCAUAUCCUCCUGCUAAAUCGUCAGGACGUAACGAUUACAUUCACUCUGGUCUGUAUACAUCGUUUACACUUAACUCACUGAACACAGCUGGUGUAAAGCUUUUCAGACCUGUAGCUGUGGAAACUUUAACAGAGAAGAAAGUAGCCUUAGAGCCACCAACCUCAGUGAUUAAGUUUGUGACAACACCAGGCAGAAAUCCAGAGCCUACACCUGUUGUCCCACCAGAUCCUCCCCAGCCCCCAGAACCUCGAAACAAACCUGCAGAUCCUCCUCCAGACAUAACCAUUGACUCCUGUCUUCCGCCUCCAACCACUUGCAUCUCACCCAUUCUGGUGCCUUCUGGAACUUUAUCACCAGCUUUGACUUCUAAUCAGGAUAUGACCGUCGACACAGAUUUGGAAUCAGUAACUUCAGAGUCCCUUGAUUUUCCGAGUGAAGUAACAAUGACUGUUCAGGAACCAAAACUGCAGGAGGCAGAACCUGAGCCUCAAACUCAUCCAGAAUCUGAACAUGAUUUUGAACCUGAUCUGGAAGCUGAGCAUGAACCUGAACGCUAUGUGCUAGAUAUGAAGACUGGAAAAUCUAAAAAACCUAAAGAGCUAGAGUUGACUCCCACAUUGGUAAUCACCACAAGUGAUUCUAACCCCUUGGGUAUCCUCAGCCCUUCACUAACCACAGCAUCUCUAACACCAGCCUUCUUCUCCCAGACCCCCAUAUUGCUAACUCCAAAUGCCAUGCUCUCCAGCAUACACUUCUGGAGCACAUUAAGUCCUGUGGCUUCUCUCAGCCCGGCAAGAAUGCCUGGUGCUAAUACCUUGUUCCAGUUUCCUUCCGCCUACAACAGCCACGUUCCGCUCACAUUGUCAAGCUUCGACAGUCCAUCUACACCAGGGCCCUUUACUCCCGAUUUGCAUAAAUCCUAGCAGAUGCCCUACAGGACAAAAAGUGGAAAAUCUGUAUCAUUUUAUAUACUGUAUUUCUGUCAAGUUCUGAAUUCACCUGCCAUUUUGAAGUACCUUUGCACUCGAGUACUUUUUGCGUAUAGAAUUGACCAUGCAAAUGUAUCAAUUAACCAAAGCAAAUGCAUUUUUGUGAAAUUAGAAUAUGCCAAAAUCCAUAAGCACUUUUCAAAGAUUAGAGAAUGACCAUUCUCCUUGCACUUGGUUUAUGAAAGUGAAUGAAAUUGAGCAAUGA